GGCCCUGGUGUCUAUAGGGACGUGUAGGGGGAGGUCCCUGUCCCCUAUGGAGUGGUGAUAGGGCUGGGGGAGGUCCCCUGCCCCUAAAGGGAUGUGUACAGCCCCCUUCCCCCCCCCCCCCCCACAACUACCCCUAUGGAGCCUCCGGGGGAGGGGGGGCCCUGCCCUCUAUACGGGUAUGUGCAUGGGGGGGGGAGGGGGCCUGUCCCCUAUGGGGUGGGUGAACCCCCCCCCCCCCCCGCAGAGCUCGCCGGAGCCGCCGGAGCACCCUGGAGCCGGAGCGCCGGAGCCCAGCGGGGCCCCCUCCGCCCUCCCCAUGGCUUGACGUUCCCCGCCGAGCCGGCCGCUUUCCGGAGCGGAAAAGCGCCGGAACCGGGACCGCCGGCGGCCGGGCCCCAUUUCGGCGGCCUCGACGGGGGGGGGGGACCCCAGCGAGCCCCCUCCCCCCGGCGCCGGCCAGGAGUCGGGCCGGGCUCGCCGGCGUCCGGGUCCAUGGCGGCAGCGGCGGCGGCGUGAGCGGGGCCGGUGAAGGAUGCUGAAGAAGAGCAGCUUGGCGCUGUGGGGGGCGGCGCUCUUCGUCGCCUGGAACGGCCUGCUGCUCCUCUUCCUCUGGAGCCGCCCGGCGGGCCCCGGCGCCGCCGAGCACGGGCGCCUGACGGAGGAGGUGAUCCGCCUGGCGCAGGAUGCCGAGGCCGAGCUGGAGCGGCAGAAGGAGCUGCUGCGCCAGAUCCACCGCUACAGCGGGCUGUGGGGCCGGCGCCGGCGCCCGCCGGCGCCCACCAGCCCCCCGGCGCCGCCGCCGCCACCACCGUCGUCGCCCGCCGCCUCCGUCGUCCUGCCGGUGCUGGUGAUGGCCUGCGACCGCAGCACGGUGCGUCGCUGCCUGGACAAGCUGCUGCGUUACCGGCCUUCGCCCGAACGCUUCCCCGUCAUCGUGAGCCAGGACUGCGGGCACGCCGAGACGGCGCGGGUCAUCGCCUCGUACGGCGACGCCGUGGCCCACAUCCGGCAGCCCGACCUCAGCGACAUCCCGGUGCCCGCCGAGCACCGCAAGUUCCAGGGUUACUACAAAAUCGCCCGGCACUACCGCUGGGCCCUGGGACAAGUUUUCCGCACUUUCCGCUACCGGGCCGCCAUCGUGGUGGAGGACGACCUGGAAGUGGCGCCGGAUUUUUUCGAGUAUUUCCAAGCCGCUUUCCCGCUGCUCCUGGCCGACCGCAGCCUCUGGUGCGUCUCGGCGUGGAACGACAACGGCAAGGAGCAGAUGGUGGACGCCGGGCAGGCCGAGCUGCUCUACCGAACCGAUUUCUUCCCGGGUCUCGGUUGGUUGUUGCUGGCCGAACUGUGGGACGAACUGGAACCCAAGUGGCCCCGGGCGUUUUGGGACGAUUGGAUGCGGCAGCCCGAGCAGCGCCGGGGCCGCUCGUGCGUGCGCCCGGAGGUGUCGCGCACCAUGACGUUCGGCCGCAAAGGCGUGAGCCACGGGCAGUUCUUCGACCAGUACCUGAAGUUCAUCAAGCUCAACGACCGCUUCGUGCCUUUCACCCGGCUCGACCUCUCCUACCUCAAGAAGGAGGAGUACGAACGCUCGUUCCUGCCCCGGGUCUACGCGGCGCCGGAGGUGCGGGUCGAAGAGCUGCAGGGCAACCGGCGCCGCGAGCUGGGCGCCGUGCGGGUGCAGUACACGGGCCGCGACUCCUUCAAAGCCUUCGCCAAGGCCCUGGGCCUCAUGGACGACCUCAAGUCCGGCGUGCCCCGCGCCGGCUACCGCGGCAUCGUCAGCUUCGUCUACCGCGGCCGGCGCGUCUACCUGGCGCCGCCCUCGGACUGGACGGGCUACGACCCGAGCUGGAGUUAGCGGCGUCCCUGCUCCCCCACUUUGUGUUUCUUUUUUUUUUUUUUUCCUCCUUCCUCCAUUUUUUUUUUUUUUUUUGCCCCCUCGGGUU